CACUGCUACAAGUACCAAGGCCAUAGUUUCUGCCACCACCGAAUUCUGACAUACAAUUACUACAGACCACGGUAGUCACAGCCCACCACUGGCCUGGUUCGCUCGUGGUGUGUCGUUUACGUCCGUCCCGCCUCUAUCCGGUUGCCGUCAGUCCAACGUUCGUCGCUGCUCAGACGCUCAGUCGUUACUCGUCACUCGUACGGAAUCAACGGUGGUUGUUAACUACUCCGUCACCCCUAUCAUGACUCCGGUACCUUUAGAAAUUAUCGAGACCAAGAUACUAAAGCCGUUUAAAUACCCAAGACUUGUGCACGAAGGGUACCUAUACCAUUUUCACAAAAAAUGCAGUCGUCACCUCCGAUGGAAAUGCAAUCGUGUUUAUGCGUUAAAGUGCCCGGCGGUGAUCAGGACGAACCUGGAUAUGUUAAAUCCACAGUGUAUCGCUGUCGAUCACGAACACGUUCACGGAAACGACUUGGUCGCAGUCGAACAAUUAAAAUUAAAAUUACGCGUACACCAAACUUCGACCUUAUUCAAGAAAAAUACCUGUUUUAAAUCAAAAGAUUUAGACAAAUUCGAUGAAGAAAUUCACUCACCUGAUAAUAUGUUAGAUAAUAAGCUAGCCAGUUUUUGUACUUCUAUGAAUCAAAUUUAUUUUAUUGAUCCACUUGAUCCCGAUCAUGAGUAUGGUAAUGCUAAAUGUGAAGAAAUAAUCAAAAUUAAUAAUUCAAAAGAUACAAGUUUUAAUUUUGAAAAUUGUCCAUACACUAGAUUACAACAACAAAAUAACCAAAAACAAAUUAUAACUGAAAAUGGCAUAACGAGCAACCAUACAAAUUAUUCUUCGCCAAAAAAAUGUAUUCAAAAGCGUCGGGGAAGACCACCAAAAGAAAAAAAUAUGAUUGUCAAUGAGAAAAAGGAAAAUGAUACACAAAAUAAUGAAAUUACUUUACUUACAAAUACACACAAGGAAACAAAUAUUUUGACUACAGACACACAAAAAGAAAUAAAUAAUUUGACUACUAAUACUCGAAAAGUCAAAAUUUCUUUAAGAAAUAAAAAAAAUAAAAAUACAUAUAUUUUGACUAAAAAUAAUCGCAAAGGAAAAAAAUGUUUGGUUAGUGGUAUAAAAAACGAAAAAAAUAUGUCAACUGCUAACAGUAACACAUCCAAAAAAUCUUUAACUACAAAUACACACACAAAAAAGAAUAUUAUAACUACUCAUAAAGAAAAAAAUAAAAAUUCAUUAAUCACAAAUGUUAACGGAAUAACAAUUUCUUCAAAAGUAAAAAAAUACACUUCAAAAUUUACAAACCAAAAUUCAAAUGCAAUUAAAAAUUCACCUAUAAUUAUAAGUACAUCUACUAUUACAAGUACAUCUACAACUUCAACAUCUCCAAUUAAAAGUAUACCUAAAAUAGAAGGUGCACCUACAGCUUUAACAACUACAAUUAUAAGUACUCUUAAAAUUGAAAGUACUCCAAAAGUUGAAAGUACAUUUUCAAUUGAAAGUACUCCCACAAUUGAAAGUACACCUACUGUUACAAGUACUCCUAUAAUUGAAAGUUUACCUUCAUUAAAAAUGGCACAUACAAUUGAAAGAUGUAUGAACAAAAGUAUUGAUAAUGAGGAUGAUAUAAUUAUUAUUAGUGACAACGAAGAUGAUGAUUGUAAUUUUAAUUUUUAUGAAGUUGAUGAUAAUGAAGAGCUUAAUAACGAAAUUAAUGAAAUUAAUGAAAUUGAUUCAAAGGAUUAUGAAUCUAUGAUAUUCACAGAUCUUAAAAAUAAUUGGCCUACAAUUGAAUUUACACCUAGAAUUAUAAAUACUCCUACAAUUGAAAAUACACUUGCAAUUGUAAGUACACCUACAGUUGCUCCUACAAUUACAAGUACUUCUAUAAUUACAAGUACUCCUAUGAUUGAAAGUACAACUACAAUUGAUAGUAUACCUACAGUUAUAAGUACUACGACUAUUGAAAGUACACCUACAAUUGAAAGUACACCUACAAUUAUAAGUACUCCCACAAUUGAAAGUACACCUACAGUUACAAGUACUCCUAUAAUUGAAAGUUUAUCUUCAAUAAAAAUGGCAGAUACAAUUGAAAGACGUAUGAAUAUCAAGAGUAUUGAUUAUGAGGAUGACAUAAUUGUUAUUAGUGACAACGAAGAUGAUGAUUCUAAUUUCAAUUGUUUUAAAGUUAAUGAUAAUAAAGAGAUUAAUAACGAAAUUAAUGAAAUUAAUGAAAUUCAUUUAAAGGAUUAUGAAUCUAUGAUACUCACAGAUCUUAAAAAAAAUUGGCCUACAAUUUUAAAUAAAAUGAGUGAUCCUUUGAUAGGAAUUAAGGUAUUUGAAAGUAUUUUAUUUAACAAAUUAUUAUUUCGGAUAAUUCAAGGAAAUACUAAAACUAAAAAAAAAUUAAAUUACUUUAAAACAUCUAUCGAUCAUUGGAAAACAAAGUUUGAGUGUUUGUCACAUCAAAUAAAGACAUUAGUUAAUAGUACAAAAAGUGAUAAAAAUACAAGACUUAUGAAUAUUCAAGAUAAAAAUGUAAAGGAUACAACAUUAUGUUCAAAUAUUGGAGUUGACAAGCAAGCAAACAAUAUUGAUAUAAAGAAAAAAGUUUCCAUAGAAUUAAAAAGUGACAUUAUACCAGACAAUUUGAAAACUUCAAAAUUAUGCCAACAAUCUUUAAAGAGUAAAAACAAAUACCUAUCUGAAUCUGAUUCUGAUAUUAUGACAAGUAAAUCUGAAAAAAUAAAAACGAAUAUAUCUUCACCAGUGAAGGCUGAUUUGAUUAAAGAUAUUCCAACCGAUUUAACUAUUACUGAACAAAAUAAUUUAACUCAAUCUGAUUCUAGUAUUAAGAUUAAUCAAUCUAAAGAUAAUGAAUCAAAUGAACUUUUUACACCAGUAUCUGAUGUUACAAAAGCUUUAGAAUUAAGCCCAAAAUCGUUAAAAAGAAAAAUAUCUAAUUUGAUUCAAAAUAACACAAGUAUUGAGAUAAUUAAACCUAAAUUUGUAAAAUGUAGUGAACCUUCUUCUCUAGCAUCUAUUGAUUCAACUAUAGACAACCUACCAGACAUGAUGGAUUCACGACUCAGUCCAAAAUUAUUAAAUAGUCAAAUUAAAAAUUUUACUCAUCACAACACUGCUAUUGAGAUGACUGAAUCCAAUAUAACUGAGUAUUAUGAACCUUCUACUUCAGAAUCUAUUGAUGUAACUGUAAACAAUCUACCAGCUAUAACAAGUUCAAGGUUAAGCGGUGAAAAAAAUAUUUUUACUCAAUAUAGCAAUGAUAUGGAGAUAACUCCUAUUUCAAUAUCCACUGAUUUAAGUAGUAAUAUUCAAACAUUUUCAAGUUCAUCUAUGAGAACAAUAACUCCGUUGAAUGAUAAUUUAUUAUUACAUAAAGCAAUUACUCCUCCUAUGGAUGCUCCAUCAAAUGUAGAAAUACUUAAAAAUUCAAAAAAUUCAACAAUGAAAUUAAAAAGAAAGAAUUCUGAAGAGUGGACGAGUCCUAGAAAAAUAACUAUUUACCCAAAAACAGGUUCAUCAAUUGGUAGAUCUGUUAUUUUACCAUUUGCCAUAAAACGAAUAUUAAAAUCAAAUAACCAUUCAUCACCUAUAAUAAUAAAUGAGCUACUUAAUUAUUCUAAUACAACCAUACAAUUGGAUAAAAGAGAUAUAUUAAAUACACCCAUCAUUCCUGUUCAAAUGAAAACACCAUUACCUGAUGUUGUAUAUGAAAGCACUCAAAUAAUGAAUGGAAUUAACUGUAAGGAAACUAUUCAAUCAAAUUAUUCCCAUGAUCAACAUAAAUCACUAAACCAGAUCAAAUCUGUACCUAAAGCCAUUCCACUAUUACCUUCAGAAAUAAUCGAUGAUUUUUCAAACAAGGUAUAAAUUAUUUGUACUUAACAUAUGUAUUUAAAAUAUUAAGUAAAAUAAAAAAAAAUUAGUGUUGAC